UUAGAGAAGCCAACGUUAAAUGCAAAGAGUUUAUUUGGGAGUCUAGCUCCAGCACCUGUGAGUUCUUAGCAGGUGCGGCAACGCUAGUGGCACGCCAGGCCUCCGACCGGUAGGGGGCGCUGUGAGCUCUACGUGUGGCUUCUUGGGACCUGGGAGUUCACGGCGCAAGCGCACCCACGACUUCUUCCUCUCCACGUGUGAAGUUUCUCCGCACCUUUUUCAAGAAAAAUGCCCAAAUUCAAGGCAGCCCGCGGGGCCGGGGGUCAGGAAAAACAUGCGCCUCUUGCCGACCAGAUUUUGGCUGGGGACACGUUGCGGGCAGGGGCCCGGGAAAAGCGGCGGGGUCGUGGAACCAAAGAGGAGGAAGAGUAUGUGGGGCCCCGGCUGACCCGACGGAUUUUGCAGCAAGCGCGGCAGCAGCAGGAGGAGCUCGAGGCCGAGCAUGGGACUGGGGGCAAGCCUGCGGCCCCACGGGAGCGCAUCACGCGGCUGGGUCCAGGAGCGCCGCAAGAUGGAUCAGAUGACGAGGAUGAGGAGUGGCCCACCCUGGAGAAGGCCGCCACAAUGACAGGGGCAGGCCAUCAUGCAGAGGUGGUUGUGGACCCUGAGGAUGAGCGUGCCAUUGAGAUGUUCAUGAAUAAAAACCCUCCUGCCAGGCGCACCCUGGCUGACAUCAUCAUGGAGAAGCUGACUGAGAAGCAGACGGAAGUUGAGACGGUCAUGUCUGAGGUGACAGGCUUCCCUAUGCCCCAGUUGGACCCCCGGGUCCUGGAGGUCUACAGAGGGGUCCGGGAGGUGUUAUCUAAGUACCGUAGUGGGAAGCUGCCCAAGGCAUUUAAGAUCAUCCCUGCACUCUCCAACUGGGAGCAGAUCCUCUACGUCACAGAGCCGGAGGCCUGGACUGCUGCUGCCAUGUACCAAGCCACAAGGAUUUUCGCCUCUAACCUGAAGGAACGCAUGGCCCAGCGCUUCUACAACCUUGUCCUGUUACCCCGGGUACGAGAUGACAUUGCUGAAUACAAACGACUCAAUUUCCAUCUCUACAUGGCACUCAAAAAGGCCCUAUUCAAGCCUGGAGCCUGGUUUAAAGGGAUCCUGAUCCCACUGUGUGAGGCCGGCACCUGUACCCUCCGGGAAGCCAUCAUCGUGGGCAGCAUCAUCACCAAAUGCUCCAUCCCUGUUCUGCACUCCAGUGCGGCCAUGCUGAAAAUCGCCGAGAUGGAAUACAGUGGUGCCAACAGCAUCUUCUUGCGACUGCUGCUGGAUAAGAAGUACGCACUGCCCUACCGGGUGCUGGACGCCCUGGUCUUCCACUUCCUGGGGUUUCGGACAGAGAAGCGUCAACUGCCCGUGCUCUGGCACCAGUGCCUCCUGACAUUGGUCCAGCGCUAUAAGGCAGACCUGGCCACGGAGCAGAAAGAGGCCCUCCUGGAACUGCUCCGGCUGCAGCCCCAUCCACACCUGUCCCCUGAAAUCAGACGUGAGCUUCAGAGUGCAGUACCCCGAGAUGUGGAAGAUGUUCCCAUCGCCGUGGACUGAGGAAACAGUCGCGUCUCCUGGUCUGAGGGUGUGGGGAGGACACUAGGCGGCCUGUUAAGGUGACACUGGACACAGCCUCUACAGCUGAAGACCCAGAUCUGGGCAGUAAGAGCUCAUGGGCCUCUGUGACUCCCCAGAACCUCACAGGGAGGACUGAGGGUCUGGCUGGCUCCCUCUCCCAUUCUAGGCCAUUGUUCCUGCUCAGUUGUGCAACCUGUUUGAGAUUCCAACCCCAGUAUUCCUCCUCCCCUGCUGGGGCUUGGAGUAAGUACUUUUUCUCAGGCUGUUGUGUCACCUGGACGUGGAUAAAAAGGAGGUAUUUAUUGA